ACAUCGCUCGCCAUACGCCAGAAGUCGAAGGUCAUAGCAACGAGGCAUACGCCAUGAGUGACAUACCAAUGAAGGUACAACGGCCAGACCAUGUGAAGAGUUACCGCAGGCUUUCAGAAAUUCAGACCGUGGCCGACGUGACAGACUGGCUGAGAGCUUGCGACCUUGAAGGGUAUUCCAAAGCAUUUAGAGAUCAGCGUGUUGAUGGCAAUUCCUUGAGGUACCUUGACGAUUUCACGUUGAAUGAGCUUAUUCCGCACGCUGGACCGAGAGCAAGGUUCAGGGGAAUUCUUGCGGAACUUCGAAAUCAAGAGGAACCCCAGAAGACGCAAGUGAUGGCUCUGAAUUUCUGGGAGAUCCCGAGGGCCAGUCUGAAGCUGGGCAGGCGCCUCGGCAGUGGGAAUUUUGGACAGGUGCGGCUGGGAGAACUCCGCCAGCGAGGCCUGACAACAACUGUGGCAGUGAAGACCUUAAAAGACUCUGCAUCCGACUUUGACCAGAGAGGGCUGUUGGGAGAGUUGGAGAUCAUGGUCACUGUUGGCCGACACGACAACCUCAUCUCCCUGGUUGGGGCAUGUACUGUAGACGGUCCACUGUGUAUUGUGGUGGAGUACGCUCCAAAUGGAUGCCUGAAAGGCUGGCUGAAGGCCGGUCCCAAUGCCGAGUCAGUGUACCGGAACCAAGCAGCUUCUAAAUCUGGUCCCCAGCUUCCGAUGGAACAGCUCAUCCAGUUCGGUAUCGACGUGGCCAGUGGUAUGAGCCAUCUGGCGGCGAUGCAGUGCAUUCACCGUGAUUUGGCAGCCAGGAACAUUCUUCUUGGAGAAAACCUGGUAGCGAAGGUCUCAGAUUUUGGGCUCUCUCGUGACAUCUUCGAGGACAACGAAUACAACAGAAGCACAAAGGGACGGCUGCCGUUGCGGUGGAUGGCAUAUGAGUCUCUCUUCUACAACGUAUACACAACGCAGAGUGAUGUGUGGUCCUUUGGCGUUCUCCUGUGGGAGAUCAUGGCGAUGGGCAAACGUCCUUACGAAGGAAUUAGCGGCAAAGAGAUGAUGGACAUGAUAGAAAAGGGUGGCAGACUGGAGAACCCGAGAGGCUGCCCUGGUGAAAUCUACAAACUGAUGACCAGUUGCUGGAUGGCCCUCCCCGAGGAAAGGCCAACGUUUCCUGACCUGAAGGCAAGCCUGCAAAGGAUGUCGCAAGACUAUCAGCCCUACGCUUCCCUUUUGAAGCAGUAA